AUAAUAAAAAUUACAAAUCAUGAAAUUCCAUGGUGGAGAGCUCAACAAACAAAAGCCGGAAAGUAAAAAACCCCUUCCCCCAUUUCUCUCUUCAUCUUAUUCUUCUCCAAAGAAGAAACACGAAUACAUAUGCGUGUAUAGAGAGAGGGGAGAAGAGAGAGCGAGGGAGAGAGUGAGGACUGCAACUCACGUAGUUACAUGUUCAAUUUUCGUUAUGUAUAUGGAUCGAUUCUUUUUCACUCUCUCUGAUGGAACCUAUUAGCUUCGAAGUCACGGCAUCCCAUUAGAGAGAGGAGAAAUUUACAGAAAGCAAAGCACAAUUGCCAUUGGGAUUGGGGUUUUUGUAUUGUGAAUUGCUUCACCCUGGCAGAGCUGAAGGGAACAGUACCCUUCCUAUUCUCUUCGAUUUCCUCAAAUAGUUUCGAUUUCAAAUCGUGGAGAAAAAAGCAAGACAAGAAUUGGAGAUUUUUAUAUAGAGGAAGAAAAAUGUUGUGGAUUAUGAGAUUUUCUGGGGUUUUUUCUGCAGCAAUGGUGAUGAUUGUACUUUCCCCUUCUCUUCAAUCCUUCCCUCCUGCAGAAGCCAUUAGGUCCUCUUAUAUGGAUCAUUAUCUUCGAUGUCCUGCAUGUACAAAUUCAAUGGACAAAAUUGCCUUCAGAAAAGCCCCUGUUUUUCGCAAUGCCUACGAAUGCAGCUCAUCAACAUUGGGAAAAUCUGGCGUGUGCGAUCCCUCUUUGGUGCAUGUAGCUAUUACUCUUGAUGUUGAAUAUUUACGCGGUUCAAUUGCUGCUGUUCAUUCGAUUCUUCAGCAUUCAAAGUGUCCAGAUAAUGUUUUCUUCCAUUUCCUUGUAUCAGAAAAUGGCCUCGAAAACCUAGUUCGAUCCACUUUCCCGGAGUUGAAGUUUAAAGUUUACUUCUUUGAUCCAGAACGAGUCCGGAGCCUGAUUUCAACUUCCGUGAGGCAAGCUCUUGAACAGCCGCUAAAUUAUGCUAGAAAUUACUUGGCGGAUCUUCUGGAACCAUGCGUGAGACGGGUGAUUUACUUGGAUUCGGAUCUCGUGCUAGUCGAUGAUAUUUCGAAGCUUUGGAGUACAAGCUUGGGGAAGAAGACGAUAGGCGCGCCGGAAUAUUGUCACGCAAACUUCACCAAAUACUUCACCGAGUAUUUCUGGUCGGACCAUAAAUUCUCAGGCGUGUUUUCAGGCAGAAAUCCUUGCUAUUUCAAUACUGGCGUAAUGGUAAUAGAUCUGAGUAAAUGGAGGCGGUUUGGAUACACCCGCCAUAUCGAGCGGUGGAUGGAUAUACAAAAGACGAGCCCAAGUCGGAUUUACGAGCUCGGCUCGCUUCCGCCGUUUCUUUUGGUUUUCGCCGGACAAGUGUCGCCGAUCAAGCACAGGUGGAAUCAACACGGUCUUGGAGGAGAUAAUGUGAGAGGAAGCUGCCGUGACCUCCACCCCGGCCCGGUGAGCCUUCUCCACUGGAGCGGCAGCGGCAAGCCGUGGCUUCGGCUAGACUCCAAACAGCCGUGCCCUCUCGAUUCCUUGUGGGCCCCCUACGAUUUAUAUGGACAGUCGACGUGAAUUGUCUCCCUGUAAUUCACCGCGGCCGGUAAAUUCUUCCAGUCACUAUUUUCAAUAUUAGUUCCAUUUUUUGUUAUGUUUACUCAUUUUCUAUUUUCUAUUUUUGUCUUAUUUGGAUUCUAUUGUAUUGUUCUAUCCCCUGAAAAUAAUUAAAAGUGAAUUUAUUCAUUCAUCUGCUUUUCUCUA